GGGGUCACGUGCCAAGCCGUUGAAUUCUCAUCAAACUCAACACCAAGCAGUCUUUGUCCAGGACUUGACGAAUCACAGCCCAUCAACCUUUAGCCGGAAAGUAUCACACCUCAUUUGGGCACUCGGGUACAUACUCAUGUUCAAGGUCUACGUGAGGCCGCAGGCCUUGCCGAGCAUGCUAUGGCGUGCUCAGAAUUAUAUGAUAAGGAACUAUUCAGUGAGACCAUCAUCGAAACCAUCACAACCAAAGCCGUCAUCAGAAGAGAAACCACCACCACCCACGAGACUCACGUUUGUCCCAACUUCAGAGUGAGCACCACCAAGAGACCCGAUACAUAAUUCACAGAAACACUAGACAGAAAGACCACGAAGGCAAGAAAAGAUCCCUGAGAGAUCAUCAAAAGACAAGUCACCACAAAAGAGACCACCAAUAUCAAAACCAGAACCAGAAUCAGAAUCAGAGAAAAAAACAUAGGAACCACCAGAAAUGGACCUACAGCAGUACAAGCUAGAGCGUCAUAAACGGUUUUUGACUGCAAACUUACUAGAGGAAGAAGCUAAGUUCAAGGCCAAACUAGCCAGCAUGACUCCGGAAGGAAAAAAGAAGAGACUGAAUUACAUGGUGGGAUGGCCACUGGAAACACCUCAUUCAAGAGAGCUGUACAAUAACCCUAAGGAUUUCAGGGUGGUCAGGAGGCUCAGAGCAAUUGAGAUGAUUCGAAUGGUAUUCGGCUAUCACCUCACUCAAUGCUUAAAAAAGGAGAUGGAAUCCAGGCUGCAAACCCGGCUUCGAGGCAGCUAUAUGAGAGACGUCAGACUCAUCUGCGUUGGCAGACAAAGCCAGGAGGCUGCCCCAGGAACUGGAGGGGGAAUGGAAGAUGAGGAUCAAGUCGUUCCAUCUCGGUGUGGCUAUACUGGACACCAGGGAUCUCCGAGACGUCAUCCAAAAUCGUUUCAAACUUGAUAACCUAUCAUAUCUCAUUUGAACUUAUCAGUUUGCCGUCCAAGACAGCGUGCCCGGAGUGCAACGUUUCUGUUUCGGUGACACAGAGGCCAUAUCUGUAGAGGACCUGAGGCGCAGAUUCGUUGAGUGGCGGGAAGGAAGAGAUGUGAUUGGCGUUGCAUACUCGGCUCACGGCGACCUUGCCUUCUUGAAAGAGUUCAAGAUCUUCCUGAACGAAAUUUGCUGGAUCGAUCUGGCCCAAGCACAAUGCAUUCCACUUCAAAACGCAAUUGAACCAUCGUUGGCAGUUGUGAUGAACAGACUGAGGAUCCGCUACGCAGGCAAGCUGCACGUACCAGGAAACGACGUGCAUUUCGCCAUGAGGGUUUUCCUUGGAAUGGCAGUUUUGGAUUUCUGGCGCGAGUGGUCUCAUUGGGGAAAUGGGCUCAGUGAUAUCCCACGCUGGUACGACCUAGCUAUAAAAGCAGUUCGGGCUAAAAUCCCCAGACCAGAACGACAUGAAUUCACGACUUGAGGAUGGACGUGAUCCUUGCGGCUCGAGAUGCCUGCUUUGGUCAUUGAGGAUGAUGCUGUUACUACGUUGGUUAUGACUGCACAUCAAGACCGGUUGGGUAUUGUAUUAAAGACAGGUCUCACCACCAGAGCCAACACAAGACUCGCCGGAAAACUCACGAAGGAACGGAUGAAUGAAGAUCAAUGAGGGAUGGUAGGUAUAAGCGUUGAUCAAGAUGAGAACCACGAACGCAACUUGAGCGUUAUCCCUCAUCAUCGUCGCUAAUAAGAGGCAGGUAACGCUGGCUCACGUGUAUAAUAACAAGAACUUCUUCCGCUGAAGAUCAUUUCCCAAGACUGAGAAAUGAUCUGACGAGACCCAAAAUAUGGCAAAGUCAAUUCUGAGCAAAACACCAACGCAACUGUCAACUGCAAAUCACAUGCCGUGGAUUACAGGUCCACAGAGACAAACAGAAUCAGGCUUCCAAGUUCCUCAUCGUCGGGACUGGGCGUCGCAUGCUCGUCCUUGUUCGAUGUUAUCUGGGGUAUGGCACCACUGAGCUGGUUCAGCAGGUUUGCCACUGACAGGAGACAAGGCCAGGCUGAGCCAAAAACUGUCACCUUGUGUUGGCUGCUGCUGGUGUUCGGUGGACCCCGCCUUGACAUGGUCAGAUGUUCAGAGCCUGAAGAGGGAGCAUGAGGCCAGGGGUUGAUAGAGGUCGACAGUUGCUGAAGGCUUCAUUCCGGCAAGAGCCGAAUUGCAUAGACAUAUCAACAGAGCAGUCAUGUCCAAUGUCUGUAUUUGUAUACUUUGAGAUAAUUAUACCGUAUUAUUAUAGCACAGAGCAAUAAGUCACAGUCAAUGCAAGGCUGUUAUGCUCCACAUAAACAAACAAAACAUCCACAGACCACAAAAUAACUAUCUCAAAUAAAAACAGUAGUAAA